AUUAAUUUCUGCGUGAUUGUGUACAUGGAUGAUAUUUUGGUCUUUUCAAAUACACACACGAGUACCACAUGAAACACAUUGAGUGGGUUUUGCAUGCACUAAAGGAUGCGGGGUUCAAAGUGGCCUUGGAGAAAAGCGAGUUCUUCUUGUUGGAGAUCUCAUUCUUGGUGUACAUCGUAACGGUGGAUGGACUAAAAUCGGAUCCGAGGAAGGUGGCAGCAGUUGAAGACGCCCCGGCGCCGGUUACACUGACCCAGGUUCGGGUUUUUCUAGGGUUGGCAUACUAUUACCGACGCUUCAUCAAGGGGUUCGUCGGUAUAGCGAAGCCCCUUACGAACCUGCUGAAGAAAGAGGAACAGCUAAUCUGGACGCCGGAAUGUGAGGCGGCGUUUCAGGCGUUGAAGUGGGCUCUGACAUGUGCUCCUGUGUUGGCGCGUCCCGACCCGACAAGACCGUUCGCACUGCAUACCGACUGGCAUCCUGAGGCGAUAUCGGCGGUGCUGACUCAACACGGGGCAGACGGAAGGGAACACGCCAUUGAGUAUGCGUCUAAGACGCUGAGCCCUGCGCAGGCUAAUUACGAAGCGUGCAAAGGCGAAUGCCUGGCGGUGGUGUGGGGGAUCCAGCAUUUCGGACCGUAUCUUUACAGCUUGAAAUUUAUGCUGCUCCCCUAUCCUAUGCGCAACUUCCCCGAGUACUUGGAGGAGCUGACGGAUGUGGAGCAGUUGCCGCCUGCUGACGAGGACGCGUGGGAGCUGCAUCGGGCGCUUUAUUCGUCGGUGGUGCUGGGCAUGUUUACAUUUUUCGUGGAGCACGAAGUUCAUAACGUCGGCGAGCUCCUCUACGUAUACUACGUGAUCGCCAAGCCGAAGCCGGAGCGGAAGGAGGGAACGGUGGCGCUUUACCCUUUUGGGAGGAUCGGAACGAAUCGCCCGGGGCUCUUACAGCUCAUUCACAUCGAGUUGUUGUCCAUCGCGCAGGUAAUCGCCGCGGAGGAAGAAGACUUGCAACUCAGACUGCGGACCGCCUCAGCCCCGUGCAGAUCGUAUAACGUGGCGGUGAUACAUGACUACCUGGCGCGUGAGGGGGAGUCCGUGGUGGACUUCGGGCAAGAAGAUAAGCCGCUGCGGCCUCCAUCAUCGUAUCCAAAGCCGGCGGCCCUGAAGGCACCAAGAAAGAGAAUCGUCCCAAAGCGGCGACGAAGUCCAUCGCCGGAACUCAGGCCAGUCGAGUGGGGCCUGUCGAGGAGGUCGUCCAGCCUGCGCCGGUGCGCGAAGUCCAUCCGGUUCGUGAGAGAAGAGCCACGCUCAUCAUCGGUCCCGGACUGGGGGAGGACUGCCCCGCCGAAGAACCGCGGAGAUCCACAGGCCAUCGGGAGUCGACACCUCAGCGGCCACGCCUCCCCGAUCUCAAUAGCCAUGCAGCCGGGCCAUCAGGCGCAGGGGGGGGAUUGGGACGAGUUCCAUAUCCCGCAUCUAGACCCCCCCUCCUUGGAGGACCGUUCCGAUUUCGCCAGCCCACCCGAGAUACCCCGGUCAUUGACAUUAGCAGUUCCCCCAAGCCGGACGGUCCAUCAAACCGACGUGGAUUACAUGGUGGAACUGGCCACCAUCCGGCUUGAGGCCAUCGAGGGGGCGCCGCGUCCUGAUCCGGCAUGGGAGGCGUUCUUACAGCCUCCAUUCGACGGAUGUAUAGCGGUGAGGUUGGUGGGCACGCUCAUCUUCGAGACCGGCGGGCGGCCCAACAUUAUGUACCAUAUCUUGGUCUUCGCGGCGGUUAAGCUGGAGCGGAGGCCAUACACGGAGACGCAUCUGGUGCUGACGCGUCCGAGAAAUCGGCCGCUGCGACGACGAAUCAUUCGGGCGAUCGCCGAACUCGCGCCCCGGGUCCUCUCACAUGUAACGGGGGCUUUCCUCUAGCCCUCCUUUGUCCAACAACACUUCAAUGAAGUGGAAGUGCCAGC